CUUUUUAAGAGAGCUCUUGUCUACCCCGCCUGCUCCAUGUUAGUCGCCGUAUAUAAACAAAAGAUGCGUGCCCAGUUACGACAUUCCGCACUAGCCUUCCUCCCACUUCCCACACACCCUUCUUUCCCAUCCCCCAAUCUGAAGGCCAGAUCCUCCCGAGCAUGGGCACGCCAUCUCACAAUGCGACCCCCACGCAGGGCAUGCGCGGUCGGGCUGGCGGCUACCUGCCCGUCGAGAACUACGGCAUCAUCGGGAACAUGAGGACCUGUGCCCUGGUCGGCAUGGACGGGAGCAUCGACUUCAUGUGCUGGCCCGACUUCGACUCCCCCUCCGUCUUUUGCCGGCUCCUGGACAAGGACAAGGGCGGCCACUUCAGCAUCGCGCCCCCGGCCGACAUCUCCUGCACCACCAAGCAGCAGUAUCUGCCCUCCAGCAACAUCCUGCAGACGCGCUACAUUCACGAAGAUGGAGUUGUAGACUUGGUGGACUUUUUCCCCAGACCGAAGCAGACCAUCGUCGUCGCCAAGGCCCCCAAGCAGAACGCUUUCCGCGAGAUGACCAAGGUGCCCGACGAGCUCAAGAAGUGGCUCGUCAGAAGGGUCGAAUGUAUCCGCGGAAGUCUGGCUCUGGAUAUCGAGCUCUUCCCAGCGCUGGGCUACGCCAAAGAGCCUCACGUCACUGAAAUCAUCGAAUCAGCCCACGGUGAACAGUGCAAUAACACGAAAAGCAAGACGGUCACAUUCCAUGGUAAAGAUCUGAAACUGCAGCUUGACGUGACGCUGGACUGCGGAGACCACACCUCGGCUGGCACGUAUCCAGUAGUAAGGUUCGAAAAGGUCAAGAGACCCGGCAUGCUCGGCGAGGGCGUCGUGGCCCACAUCACCAUCCAAGAAGGCCAGGCCGCGUCGUUUGUGCUGCGCGAGGACAUCCCGAAUCACGUCACCGAGCACAUCACGACCGCCGUGCUCGACGCCCAGCAGCACUCAACCCAAAGCUAUUGGUACAACUGGAUCUCCAAGUCCAAGUACAAGGGAAGGUGGCGCGAGGUCGUGAGCAGGAGCCUCAUGAUUCUGAAGCUUCUGACUUACGAGCCUACAGGGGCUAUUGUGGCUGCCCCUACCUUCUCUAUCCCAGAAGACAUCGGCGGUGUUCGAAACUGGGACUAUCGCUUCUCGUGGGUGCGCGACUCCAGCUUCACGAUCUAUAUCCUGCUGCGGCUUGGGUUCAAGGAAGAGGCGGACGCAUACAUGGAGUUCAUCAGCGAGCGAAUUCUCCAGUCUCGCGCCCCCGACGGGGGCCUCCCCAUCAUGUUCACCAUCAGGGGCGAGACUGAGAUCCCCGAGCUCGAACUCGGCCACCUCGAUGGGUACAGGGGUAGCAAGCCCGUCCGCAUUGGGAACGGCGCUGCUUUCCACCACCAGUUCGACAUUUACGGCGAGCUCAUGGACGCCGUUUACCUCAACAACAAAUAUGGCAAGCCUUGCACCUGGGACCAGUGGGUGUCUGUACGACAGCUCCUUGACUACGUCCUUACUAUCAUGAACGAGCCCGACAUGUCUAUCUGGGAGGUUCGCAACAACAAGCAAAACUUUGUUUAUUCCAAGGUGAUGCUCUGGGUCGCCUUCGAUCGCGGUCUCCGGCUGGCAGAGAAGAGGAACCUCCCCUGCCCCAACCGGGCCAAAUGGCUCGAGGCCCGUGACAUGCUCUACGAGGAGAUCAUGGAGAAGGGCUACAACAAGGAGAUGAAGUGCUUCGUGCAGAGCUACGAGAACAACACCACCCUAGACUCGUCCAUCCUAAUAGCGCCCCUGGUCUUCUUCAUCGCCCCGUCAGACCCGCGGUUCCUGAACACCAUGGACCGCAUCCUCCUCCCUCCCGACAAAGGCGGCCUGACGAGCACUGGGCUCGUCUAUCGCUACAACACCGAGCUGUCCGACGACGGCGUUGGUGGGCGCGAGGGCGCGUUCAGCAUGUGCACCUUCUGGCUGGUCGAGGCCAUGACGCGUGCCGGCGUCUACGAGCCCAAGUAUCUCGUCCGGGCAAUUAACCUGUUCGAGAACAUGCUCAGCUUCAGUAACCACCUCUGCAUGUUCAGCGAGGAGAUUGCGAGGUCGGGCGAGCAGCUGGGAAACACGCCUCAGGCCUUCAGCCACCUGGCCCUGAUAAGCGCCGCCUUCAAUCUCGACCGCUCCACCGAGUAUUCGAGGUGAUAUGUCCAAAAGGAGAUAUCAAUAGUUUAUUAAACGCUUAAAAGUUGGCGUGUAACGUGAAUCAGACAACCUGAAUCGUUUGGUGAUGCCCCCCUGGCCACUGUAGCCAAGGACAAAAUGGUAUAGUUUUUCCCAGACGCCGGCGCUAUGAACCGUAUAAUUUAUAACCCAUGUUGGUAAGUAUCCGAG